AUCAUUAACCAGAUCAUGGACGUGUGCAUCCCCCAGGACCGCGCCCCACGGGAUUUCUGUGUCAAGUUCCCCGAGGAGAUCCGGCACGACAACCUGGCCGGCCAGCUGUGGUUUGGUGCUGAGUGCCUGGCCGCCGGCUCCAUCAUCAUGAACCGCGAGCUGGAGAGCAUGGCCAUGCGGCCGCUGGCCAAGGAGCUGACCCGCAGCCUGGAGGACGUGCGCGGCGCCCUCCGCGACCAGGCGCUGCGCGACCUCAACACCUACUCCGAGAAGAUGCGCGAGGCGCUCAGGCACUUCGACGGGCUCUUCGCCGAGUUCGAGCUGAGCUACGUGUCGGCCAUGGUGCCCGUGAAGUCCCCCCGGGAGUACUAUGUGCAGCAGGAGGUCAUUGUGCUGUUCUGCGAGACGGUGGAGAGGGCGCUGGACCUCGGGUACCUGACCCAGGACAUGAUCGACGACUACGAGCCGGCCCUCAUGUUCACCAUCCCCCGGCUGGCCAUCGUGUGUGGCCUCGUGGUCUACGCAGAUGGACCCCUGAACCUGGACCGCAAGGCGGAGGACAUGUCCGAGCUAUUCCGGCCCUUCCACACGUUGCUGCGGAAAAUCAGGGAUUUGCUGCAGACCCUGACCGAGGAGGAGCUUCACACGCUGGAACGGAGCCUCUGUAUUUCCCAAGACGUGGAGUUCCCCAUCCGGACGGACGCCCCGGUGCCCCCCGCCCUGGAGCCCGCCCUGCCUGCACCCCUCGCCCCGGCGGAGCCCAGGCGCACGGAGGCGGAGCUGGCCUGCUCCAUGCAGAACGAUGACCAGGAGCUGGAGCAGCUCAGCCGCAUGGUGCACAGGGCCGGGGACGCGAUGUCCUCCCUCCUGUCCCCGCCCAGCGCCUGCCCGUCCCCCGCGCACAGGCCGGGCGCCGAGGGCAGUCCCCUCGGGCAGGCGUCCCCGGGCCGCGCACGGCCGCCUCCAGCGGUCAGCGACGAGGAGGAGGGGCCGGUGUUCUUCAUGGAGGACGUGGACGGGGCGGCAGAGCCCCCGGGCGGCCAGUCUGGGUGGGCGGGCGACCCGCAGGAGGGAGGGCGGGGCGGGGAGAGCGGAGCGGCGGCCGAGCAGGGGGACUUGCGUAACAACAACAGCAUCGCGGGCGGCGAGACGCGGGCCGUGCGCCCCAACUCCUGCAGCUGCCUGGACUCCCGGCCUCCCCUGGACGGCUGGGAGGUGAGUGCGGAGGACGCCCAGACGGCCGAGCUGAUCGCCCACCGGACGGGGGGCAUGAAGUUCUCGGCCACGGUCAUCUUCAACCCCAAGUCGCCCACCUCCCUGGACUCUGCCCUCGCCGCCCCGGAAGUCCCCGGAAACAGCAUCUCCCCGUCGGAGCCCGCGGCCGGGGGGACGGAGGGCGGCCCCCACAAACUCGGCGCCGCGGCCGCCAACGGCCUCCUGCACUCCUGCGUGUGCUGCGGGGGCUGCGGGCGCGGCCGGGAGGAUGCAGCCGAGAGUCCGCGGGGCAAGUGUGGCGCGGGGAGCGUCAUCCGCUCCUCGUACGUGGGCUCCGCCCAGGCCGGCGCCAAGGGCUCGGCCGCGGGACUGCUGGAGGCCCCGCCUGCCCCGGAGGCCUCGCCCACGGGCGCUCCAGAUCCCCCGCCCUCAGAAGACGCCCCCAGCGGGCAGGAGCCCAAAGCCCCUGCUUCGGACACGUGCUUGGCGCACCGCUCAGGGCCCCAGCUGGAGGCCGUGGACAGGCUGCCCGGAGGGGGCGACAGCGCUGGCGCAAGUCAGCAAAAGGAGGCUGAGGCCGCCCAGCCCCCGGAGGCCGGGGAGGAGCCCCAGCACCUGCCAGGCUCCAGCGGCUCCCCGGCCAGUUCCUGCUCCUCAGACAAGGUGGGGCCAGAGGCAGCCCCCGUGGCCACCAGAGAGAAGAUCCGCUCCCGGUUCCACGGCAGCCACGACCUGAUCCACCGCCUGUUUGUCUGCAUUUCAGGCGUGGCCGACCAGCUGCAGACCAACUACGCCAGUGACCUGAGGAGUAUCCUCAAGACCCUCUUCCAGGUCAUGGCCACCAAGCCAGAAACGGACACCAAGGAAAAGUCAAAGAAGGUCACCCAGACCCUGCGGAGCGCGGCCUUGGAGGACUGCGCCCUGUGUCAGGAGACCCUGUCAUCCUCCGAACGUGCAGCCAAGACCCGAGAGGGAGACUUGGAAGACCCGCCUGAGUGGGUCCCGGACGAGGCCUGCGGCUUCUGCACCGCGUGCAAAGCCCCCUUCACCGUCAUCCGCAGGAAGCACCACUGCCGCAGCUGCGGGAAGAUCUUCUGCUCCCGCUGCUCCUCACACUCGGCGCCGCUGCCCCGCUACGGGCAGGUGAAGCCGGUCCGCGUGUGCACGCACUGCUACGUGUUCCACGUCACGCCCUUCUACAGCGACAAGGCGGGCAUCUGA